GUGGCGCAGUGAGCUGGAGCAGCAGACGUCUUCAUCAUCACAGUCACGUUUGUUUACGUUCAUGCUUCUUAUCUGAUCCCAGGUCGCUUGGGUUUCUCUAUUUCUGGGGACCCAGUGUCGCUCUGCAGCCGCAGCACCAACCUUCAGCUUGACGCUGUGACCAUUUUGGGAGCAUGGCCGACGGUCCAGAGGCUGAUGUUGACGACCCACCCAGCAUCAAUUUCCCCCCGCUCAUCACCGUGUCCGAUCUACCCAGCGCUACAGCUGCAGGUCGUAACCUGAAGGAAUGGCUGCAGGAGCAGUUCUGCGACAAACCCCUGGAGCAGGAUGACAUGCGCCUCCACAACGCGGCCUAUGUCGGAGAUCUGGACACCCUGAGGAACCUGCUGCAGGAAGACGGUUUCAGACGGCGUAUCAAUGAGAAGUCUGUGUGGUGUUGUGGCUGUUUGCCCUGCACCCCUCUGAGGAUUGCAGCCACAGCGGGACACGCAGCAUGCGUGGCCUAUCUGAUCGCUCAGGGAGCCGAGGUGGACCUAGUUGAUGUCAAAGGCCAAACAGCUCUGUAUGUAGCUGUGGUUAAUGGUCACCUGGACUGUGUACGGAUUCUUCUUGAAGCUGGAGCCGAUCCCAAUGGUAGCCGCCACCACCGCAGUACCCCGCUGUACCAUGCUGCACGAGUGGGGAGGCUGGACAUACUGCAGGAGCUCAUCAGGUUCAAUGCUGAUGUUGACAUGGACCACCAGCUGGGUCCGCGGCUCCUUUUAAGCGCUCGAACCCUCAACACUCUAGUGGUCUGCCCUCUUUACAUAAGCGCAGCCUACCACCACCUUCACUGUUUCCGGCUGCUGCUCCAGGCCGGCGCUCAGCCCGACUUCAAUUACACAGGUCCUGUCUGCCAUGAGGCUUUGACACGAGGUUUGGCUUCCUGCCUGCUGGAUGCAGUCCUGCGACACGGAUGUGAAGUGGCCUUCAUCCACCUGCUGCUGGACCACGGAGCGAACCCAGCCCUCGUGCCCUGGGAUGAUUCGGAUUUGGAGGCUCCAAAUCGAAGGAAAGUUGAUCCAGAGGCACUCAGUGUCUUCUUGGAAGGAAAAAGAAACCCUCGUAGGCUGACACAUUUGUGUCGCAUCAGGAUCCGCAGAACGAUGGGCAAAAAUCGUCUAAACCACAUAUCUUCUUUACCGCUUCCAGAACCUAUCAAGAUUUUCUUGCUUCACCAAAACUGACCAUCAUCCACCUACUGGUCUUGUUAAAUGUUCAUUUAACCCAGUCUUUAAAAGAAACCUCAGUCAGUCCCAAAGACACACUACUGCAUAAACACUGUAAACCCAGAUUGCUAAUUGCUUAUUAUUUUUUAUUAAGAAAUAGUUAUUAAUAAUAUUUUCCAAAUA